AUGUCGACCUCGACCAUCGUCCCCCGGGCGAAGGCGACGGGGCACCACAUCCUAAGGAUCCGCGGCUACUCCCACAGCAAGGCGGUUGUGGCCACCGGCCAACACGUCGUCUCCUGCGGCUUCCACGUCGGCGGCCGCACCUGGCGCAUCAACUGCUACCCGAACGGCUCCACCAUGGAGCAUGCCGACUGGAUCUCCGUCGCCCUCAUCGUCGAGCCCGAGGCCGCCGCUGCCACCGCCGUGAACCCGUGGUGCAGCUUCAGCAUUCUUGACGUGGACGGCAAGCCGGUUCCGGCGCACACAUCCACCAGCUAUGGGAUACGAGGGUUCACGCCGCCGGGAUGCAACUAUGGGUGGGCCUUCCACCGCUUCGUUAGGAGAUUCGACCUGGAAAGCUCGGCGCACCUGGUGAACGAUGGCUUCGCGAUCCGGUGCGACAUCAAGCUCAUGAGAGCCCCGAGCCUGCGCCUGGAGGAGUCGUUCCUCGACGUGCCGGAGCCUGACCUGCAUACCCACCUCGCGCGCCUCCUUGAUACAAGUGAGGGGGCGGAUGUGGAGUUCAAAGUCGGCGGUGAGACGUUCGCCGCGCACAGGUGCAUUCUCGCGGCAAGGUCUCCGGUCUUCAAGGCCGACAUCUCCAGCUCCACGGCCGGUGCGUCCGUCAAGAUCGAUGACAUGGAUGCCCCAGCGUUCCAGGCUUUGCUGCGCUUUAUCUACACGGAAGCGUUGCCGGAGACGACCCCGCAAGAUGAAGUGACGACGAUGGCCCAGCACCUGCUCGUCGCGGCCGACAGGUACUGCAUGGAGAGGCUGAAGCUUGCCUGCGAGGACAAGCUGUGCAGGCACCUCGACACGAGCACCGCGGCGACGACCCUGGCAUUGGCUGAGCAGCACCAUUGUCCACGACUCAAGGAGGCCAUCUUCGCGUUCCUCUGCAGCUCGACUGCCAACUUGAGAGCAGUUGUGGCGACCGAUGGUUACGAGCAUCUGACGUCGAGUUGCCCCUCUAUUACAAAAGAGCUUGUUGCCAAGCUUGCAGCUGUGCUCUAG